UGCUCUUAUUUUCGUUGGUAUCACACCUUCGCUGGCGUGAAAAACAUCGUGCAAGCAGUUUCCCAUCGUAACAUCUUUUCGUGAAAAUCUGCUAGGAAAAGUGUACCCAGCUUCAGCACGAUGGCGCUCCGAUUGUUCCGUUUGAGCCAAGAUGUUGUCACGCCGCUGAUCAAACGGAACUGUACCGUUUCGGCGUUUGAGCUCCAGCACAAGAAUCCCGUCCAGCGGAAGGUGGAACAAAUCCCGAAAGCACAGUAUGGUGGGCGCCAUACGGUGACGAUGCUGCCGGGCGGUGGAAUCGGUCCCGAGCUGAUGAGCUACGUCCGGGAGGUGUUUCGGUUUGCCGGUGUACCGGUGGACUUUGAAAUCGUAGACAUCGAUCCAGCCAGCGAGGGAAACGAUGAUCUCGAGUACGCCAUCACGUCCAUUAAGCGUAACGGUGUUGCCAUCAAGGGUAACAUUGAGACCAAAUCGGAAGCUACCGGCAUUCUGUCCCGUAAUGUUGCACUUCGCAACGAGCUGGAUUUGUUUGUCAACGUGCUGCACUGCAAAUCGUUCAAUGCGAUUCCGGCCCACCACCAGAACGUGGACGUUGUGAUCGUGCGACAGAACACGGAGGGUGAAUAUGCCAUGCUGGAGCACGAGAGUGUGCGGGGUGUGGUGGAGAGCAUGAAGGUGGUUACGGUCGAGAAUGCGGCCCGUGUCGCACGGUUUGCGUUCGAGUUUGCCAAGAACAACAACCGCAAGAAGGUGACUACCAUCCACAAGGCGAACAUCAUGAAGUUGGCCGACGGCCUGUUCCUCAAGGUUGCACGUGACAUUGCCAAAGAGUAUCCGGACAUUCAGCACAAUGACAUGAUUAUUGAUAACUGCUGCAUGCAGCUGGUGUCGAAUCCGCAUCAGUUCGACGUGAUGAACACCACUAAUCUGUACGGUAGUAUUACAUCGAACGUGCUGUGCGGUUUGGUUGGUGGUGCCGGGCUAUUCUCCGGACGCAACUAUGGCGAUCACUAUGCCGUGUUUGAACCCGGCACCCGAAACACCGGUACGGCAAUCGCUGGUAAGAAUGUAGCCAAUCCCGUGGCCAUGCUUAAUGCGGCGGUAGAUAUGUUGUACCAUUUGGGACAUCGCUACCAUGCGGAUUGCAUCUCCGAUGCCCUUCACAAAACGAUUGAUAUUGAUGGAAUUCACACGCCGGAUCUUGGCGGUAACAAUACGAGCACCGAUAUCGUCCAGAACGUUCUGAAGCAUCUAGCCGAGAAAAGAACGUACUGGUACCCGGCGUAUGCGUAUAUGUGAGAAGUUAGGAUAGAACCGAAACAAUGAAA